ACACAGAAAAAGCCUGAAGCAGAAAACAAAAGAUGGGCUUUCGAUUCAUCAGUUUCUUCUACAUUCUGUUCGUAGUGUGUCGUGACGCCAAUGGAGCAAGGAAUGUAUUCAAACAGGAGGGAAAAGAACAAAAUGCUCCAUACAUAACUAGUUAUGGAACCAAAGAAGGCACACAAGAAGUCGAAGCUCCUUACAUAACUCAGUACGGUUCAAAAGAAGGCAAUAAGGUGGAUGAGGUCGAAGCUCCUUACGUAACUGGUUACAUUUCUGCGCAAGGCAACCCCAAAGAAACAGAGACGCCAUACAUCGCACAAGGCAGGAAGGGCAGAAAGGAAGUAGAGGCUCCUUACAUCACUGGUUACAUUUCUGCAGAAGGUGCAAAGAGGUCAGAAACUGUAGAGAUACCAUACAUAACGCAAUAUGGUGACAAAGAGGCUUCCUACAUAACCCAGGAUGGCACCAAAGAAGGCACACUGGAGUCGACAGAUGUAGAAGCGCCUUACAUAACGGGGUACAUUUCUGCACAAGGCACAAAGAAAGUAGAAGCACCUUACCUAACUGGAUACAAUUCUGCGCAAGGCACAAAGGGCAAAAAAGAAGUAGAGGCACCUUACAUAACCGGAUACAUUUCUGCACAAGACACAAAGGAAGUAGAAGCACCUUACCUAGCCGGAUACAAUUCCGCGCAAGGCACAAAGGGCAAAAGAGAAGUAGAGGCACCUUACAUAACCGGAUACAUUUCUGCACAAGGCACAAAGAAUGUAGAAGCACCUUACCUAGUCGGAUACAAUUCUGCGCAAGGCACAAAGAGCAAAAAAGAAGUAGAGGCACCUUACAUUACCGGAUACAUUUCUGCACAUGGCGCAAAGAACUGUGGACAUCAGAAGCAUGUACAUCCACCUUCCCAAAAUGGAGCAAAGGAGUCACCUAUGGAACAUCAACAUCAUGACCAUGCACAUUCAUCAUCUCCCAUGGAUCACACCGAGGCACUCAAGCAAGGCUUAUUCACUUUCGAGGAUUUCUACAAAGGGAAUGCACUGCCACUCAACUUUCCCAAACAAGAGCAUUCUCGUUUCUUGCCUAAAGAAACAGCCGAUUCCAUCCCAUUCUCAACAUCACAGCUCCCACACCUUCUCCAACUCUUCUCAACCCCACGCGACUCUCGUGAAGCAAAACACAUGGCCUGGACACUCGACCAGUGCGAGCUCAAACCCAUCAAGGGGGAGACCAAGUUCUGUGCUACUUCUCUAGAAUCCAUGACAGAAUUUAUUCAAAAAAUCAUUGGUUCAGGGAUCAGCUUCAAUAUUCUCUCUACCACCCUCCCAGAAACCUCUACUUCCAUCACACAAAAAUACACCAUCUUGGAAGAGCCCAAACAAGUCAUAGCUUCAAAAAUGGUCUUCUGCCACCCGGUGCCUUAUCCUUACGCAGUUUUCUUCUGCCACCACUUUGAGAAGGACACCAAGUUCUUCAAGGUUUCACUGCGAGGAGAGAAUGGAGAUAAGAUCGAAGCUGUAGCUGUUUGUCACAUGGACACUUCUGAUUGGGACCCUAACCAUGGUUUGUUUCGCUUAUUGGGAAUCAAAGCCGGUGCUUCUUCGCCAGUGUGCCAUUUCUUCCCUGCAAAUCAUCUAGUUUGGAUUCCAUCAUCACCAACAACAACAAUCUUCUAA